AUGGAGGGGUUACUGAUUUUUAAAUCAGCUUCUCUCAGCUGUUCACCUCAAGAUUCUUCUUCCCCGUUGCCACUGGAUGCUCGGGAAGAGUCUCGUCUCCAAGCAUCUCCUUUGGCCCCUGCCAUAGAUGUUACAGCUGUGCCUCCACCUCCUCCUCCUCCUCCUCCACCUCCUCCUAUGCCCCCUCAGCUUCCUCCCACUCCAUUUGGUACCGGUGAUGUCCAGAGACGAUCCAUGAAAAAGCUGAACUGGGACACCAUUCCCAGCCAUUCUGUGAUGGGCAAGCUUAACGUGUGGACGUCCCAACGACCUCAGAGACAGCUGGUUCUGGAUAUUCAAGCUAUGGAGGAGUUAUUCAGUCACACUGACAAACGAGCAUCAAUACGCAGUUCAAGACUCAUGGGCAUGAGGAAGAUUGAUGGCAUGGAGCUUAGUGCACAGGAGGCUCAGGUCACAAUUCUGGACUCAAAGAGAAGUAUGAACAUUGGUAUCUUCCUGAGACAUUUCAAAAGGCCUGUGACACAAAUAAUAGAGGACAUUCAUCAAGUAAACUGGCUCCAGUUUGGACCAGGAAAACUAAAAGAGCUUUGUAAACUGCUGCCAGAGGAGAGUGAGCUGAAGCAGCUUCUGUCGUUCAGUGGCAAUCUCUUUGUAUUACCUGAGGCCGAGCAGUUUAUGGUGAAACUCGUCAAAGUGCCAGGCUAUGAGGAACGACUGAAAACCAUGGUGCUGAGGGAGGAAUUCUUGCCUCUUAUGGAGGAAGUGAAGAAUGCCAUUACUGUCAUGACCAACGCUGCUAAUGAACUACUGGACUGCGAUGACCUUCAUUCAGUGAUCCGACUGGUCCUAAAAGCUGGGAAUUAUAUGAAUGCUGGUGGUUACACUGCCAAUGCAAUUGGCUUUAGGAUGACGUCUCUUCUCAAGCUGGCAGACACCAAAGCCAACAAGCCUGGCAUGAACCUCAUGCACUACGUUGCCAAACAAGCAGAAGAAGUCGACACGGAGUUGCUGAUGUUUCCCAACAAGCUCCAUCACAUUGGGAAGGCAUCAAGAAUCUGUAAAGAUGAUAUAAUCGCAGACUUUGAGCAGGAAGUUCAGAAGAUUAAAGAAGUGAAGUUGUUCAGCAGCAUACAGACUGGCCUCUUUCAACAAAUGGAACAGUUUCUUAAGAGGGCUGAGGCUAAGCUUGCACAUGUGGAGACAUCUCUUCAGAAGCUAAAUGAUCUGAGCUGUGCUGUUGCCGAGUACUUCUGUGAAGAUCCAGCUACCUUUAAACUGGAGGAGUGCUGCUCCAUCUUUCACUCUUUUUGUAAGAGGUUUGACACAGCUGUACAGGAGAACAGAGAGCGAGAGGCAGCUGAACAAAAUAAAAUACGGAAAGAGAGCAUGCGUAUGACAGCCAAACGCCGCUCCACAGCAUCGUCGUCAGGUCCUGAGCCAAGCGAUGACCCCUCGUGCCUGGAGUCAGCCCUGCACAGCCUCCUCUCCAAAGCCCCUCCUGAUGGUUUAGUCAGAAGUAAGAAAAACAAACAACGGUCAGUUGAAGGAUCACUUUCUGUAGGUGAUUCUCAAAAAGCAGUAGCAACAACCCCCUGUAAAGGUCAAGGGAGUCCUGAGAAGAAACAUCCAAAGCUACCGAAAGAAGACGUUCAAAAGGAGAAACUAGAAAACAAAGAAGUUGAGAAAAUGCGUGAGAUAACUUGGAAGGUGCUUCAAUACCAAAAUGCCAAAGACUUCUGUGAUGGUGACAGUGCUUCAAGCAGUCCUUGUUAUUCUGACACAGAACAAGUCAAUUCUUGCACACCUAAAAGUAGAGAUUACUUCUUUUCCAGUGAUGGGAGUGUUGGUUCCCCGUGGACUAUCCUCAGCCCAGUCCCUUGCUCCCGAAAAAACAGGCAACCUCGUUCAUGCAGAACUUCAUCAACAUCUAGUGAUGAUGUUGAUGACGGAGUCUGGGAGACUGACGAGAAAAGUUCCCUACUUAACGCCUGCAGUAAAGAAAAUCUGAUAUGUCCAUCAGGAGGAUCUGCGUCUCUUCCCGAGUGUCUUCGUCAGAGAGCGUUGUCGCAGCGUCCUCUCCUCAGGUCUGCUUCUGUGGAUGAAUCCUCACAAUCUUCUGCAACUAGCUUUCGACUGGGGCACUUGUUCCAGAGGAGCGAGUUUCAAAGGUCCAACUCCUCUGGCUCAAGGAUGGAGGCUAUUAAAGGAGAAGGAGCACACAGCAAAGCAGCGAGCCUUGCAGAGGGCAGGUUUAUAUCCUUCUUCAAACGCAUCGGAGGCAGAAGUAAGCUGGGUGAUGUAGAGGAGCAAAACUUUAGAAAUACUUGACUAAACAUUUUAGAGACAGAGGCCAAGGU